AUGGCUCCAAGCAUGGCUCCAUGGAAUGCUCCUCAGAUGCACAGCCUGCACUAUGCAGACCACAGCCUUCAAUAUGGCCAACAACAGAUGAUGUCCAGCUAUCUACAAUCGGUCCCCAAUUCCAUGCCCCCGGUUCCCCAAAUGCAGCGGGAAGUGAUCCCCCGUCCCGGACAGAGUGGUCCCUGGAACGGAGAGGAGGACAACAUUCUCUUGGAUGCCAAGGGUCGAGGACUGUCCUGGGAGGAGAUCCACCGGCGAUAUUUCCCCAACAAGUCAGCCAAUGCCUGUCGGAAAAGACACGAGAGGGUGUUGGCCAAGAUGCGCGACACCGAUUGGGACGAGGCAAGGAUCCAGCGGGUGACAGACGCGUACAACCGACAUCGGCAUUCAAUAUGGCAACCGCUGUGCAAGGAGCUUGGAGAAUCCAUGUCGGAUGUGGAGAAAGUGAUGUUUCAACAGGGGCUUCGGAAUCUGAGAAACCCUUCUCGCUCCAGCCACGCCCGGAAUCGAUCACGAGCAAGCUCUGGGCAAGGCGGUGUGAGUGACUAUGAACGCGGCUCAUCGCUUGACGAUCAGUAUGACCACACCGACGACAGUGGAAUCAGCCUGGGGCACCAUGUACAUAGUCGACGUGCCAGUGAGAUCACAACUGGCUUGUCUACAGAGAGCCUUCCAUCCGUCAACCGUCUUCUCUCAGAGACUGGAUAUGGGUACACAGCAUAG